CCGUGCUUCUCCAUUACUCCAUUAUUUCAUUUCUCUACCCGUUUGGCUUCGUGCUUCGUGGAUUACGGUGCUCAAGUUCAACUUUUUCUUUUAAACGAUAUUUGUGUUCUGUGGUUGUUAAACUACUUUAAAAUUUUAGGAAGGUUUGUUUUGCUUAUUUAUUUUUGAAGGAAAUAUAUUAAUUAGAUAUUGGUGCCAUUAGCAAAAUUUAUCGACAGGAAAGAACUGGAAUUUUCCACGCCUCUUUGUAAGUGAAACGGUUGCUAAACGUUAUCACAACUUUACGAAAUCUACAACGGUAUGAACGAAUAGGCCCAGUGUAUGAAAGAGAUAAUCCUUUGGAAUUAGUUAAGAUGAAUUCACUAUUCAAUUCGGAUGAAAAUGAAAGUGGUAGGAUUUCCUUGAACAGCAACAACAUUAUAAUAGUUUCCGAAGAUGGAACCAGGUGGAGUCCAGAGUAUGGGUCAGAUAAAAACACAAUGCCAUUACGCGUGGUCAAUAAUGUUUUGAGCACGAUAAUGGGAACAAAUUCCAGUGAAGUGGCAGAUGAAGAAAUGCCUUUAAAUACAAGAAAUGUUAUGAUUGUGUCUGAGGAUUCAUCAGAAUGGAGCCAAAAAUUUAUUGCAGUCAAUGAAAACCAAGCACCUUUGGCUGCAAUUAAUGAUACAAAUGAUACUUGGAUAGAAGAUGAAAAAGAAUCACUGAAAGUCAAGAAAGGGGACGGAAAUAUAAAUUAUACUGGGUCUGAAAAUGGAUUGAGUAGCUCUGUCCCAGAUCCUGAACAUUUCCAAGAUAAAAACACCAAAGAACCUCCAGAAGAAUUUUUAAACUCAGAUUUAUUGAGAUGUAGAACUUGCCUUUCCAUCGUAGAUACCGAAGAAGGUAUUCCGUUAUAUACUCUCGAACCGUCUGGUGAAACGUUGAGAGAGUUACUGAUUUACCUCCUUCCGCAAAUGGUUUCUACGGUGUGCGAUGAAGAUGUAGUUUGCAAACAGUGCAAUACGAGCAUUAAGUUUUGUGUGGAUUUCAUCGAUAACUGCAUAAGAGUAGAAACCGAGUUGCUGAAUGAAUUCGAGGAAGAUCAGGAAGAGGUUGACGAGACCGAAGUGAAGUUCAGACCCCAAGAACCGACCCACGUUACAUUAGAUCACGACUACAUGGUGUCCGAGUUGGUGUUGCCACAAUUAAAGACCGAGAACCCCACAUUCAUGGAAACAGAAGAGUCCGGGACAGCCGGGAAUCUGUUAAGCAACGACGACCCAACAUUGGCGUCCGCAGACGAGUACCUCUUUGAGUGCUUCACAUGCGCACAGACGUUCGAAUCGGAAAACGCCUUAGACAUCCACGCGAAGGCAGAGCACGGUAUAAUAAAACAAGCCAACAGGGAGCUGAAGCAGGAGGAGAAGAUCUAUUACAAAUGUAAUUCUUGCGAGGUGUUGUUCGCCUCGAAGUCGGCUUACAAUCUACACGUACAGGGCAGCCACCCGGAAAAGGGGGUCCAGUCCGCACCGCAGGGCACGUAUACAUGUAAACAGUGCUGCAAUAAGUUUUUCUACCUGGGGGACCUGUUCGAGCACAAAAGGAGGGUGCAUGGGUUCAACUGCACUAUUUGCCCUGAAAGGUUCAACGCGAAGGAAGACUUGGACGCUCAUUUGGAGACACAUCCCGACUUGUACUCCUGCGAAAUAUGCAACAAGGCGUUUAAAACGAAGAAAUCGAUGACUAGUCACACGAAGACGCAUAUCAGCUCUGAAAUGAACGAUUGUGGGGAGUGCGGUCGCAGCUUUGACACGUUCGAAGAGCUUAAUUUGCAUUUGGAGCAAGACGACCACUCGAUGCUGACGAUCAUCAAGAAAUUUAUAUGCGAGAUAUGUGACGCUUGCUUCACGGACAAAAAGAGGCUCAACAAGCACAAGCAGGUCUAUCAUGACUACAUCCGGGAGUACCUGUGCACGGUUUGCGACAAGAAUUUCUCGUCCAAGACGAGUUUGGAUAGCCACUACAGGUUGAAACACGCAAAUAUAAAACCGUACCAGUGCGAGCGUUGCGGUGAAAGAUUUGCGAGAUUGGAUUACCUAAGGAGGCAUAACAGUUGCAGCGACUCGACCCAGUGUAAAAAAUGUAUGAAAGGGCCGAGGAGAAAGUUCCGUUACACAAAGGCAGAUGGCGAACCGAUCAAGUGUAAACUGUGCGGAAAGGUGUUUAAGGACGUGUAUCUGCUGAAACUCCACUUAACCACCCACACGAACCUUAGGAGGUUUAGAUGUUCCGUGUGCAACCUGACGUUUACGACAAACAAGAACAGGGAGAGACAUGAGAAAAUACACGACGAUCCGUUGAGUAAAUACAGGUGCACGGUCUGUUGGAAGCGGACGCAGAGCCAAGAGGAGUUGGACAGUCACAUGUUGACCCACGAGAAGAAAUACCAGUGCCACGUCUGUCACGAGUCCUUCGCUCGAGUGUAUCUGUUGAAUUAUCACGUGUCGGAGGUGCACGCAGACGACGAGGAUGUCGAGAAGGAGAAGCAGAUCGUUUUCACUGAAGGUUUAAAGGAAUAUUUAGUCGAGUAUUAGUAAUCCUAGUUUAUACUAACUGGUUAUCUUUAUUUUUUGUUCUUUAAUAGUUCGUUUAUGUGUCAUCACGGUUGUACCGUCUGAUGCAUUGAGUAGAAACGGUAAAUUGUAAAAAUAAGAACGCUGUGUAUAAAUAGUUUUAUACAGUAGGUUUUUUGUUUUACUUUGUAUUUGUACCUUAACGGUUCACAAGUUUUUGAAAAUAAAGUAUGUAAUUAGAUAUU